AUGACGCGUCUCUCGUCCGCACCGUCCACGUCCGACCCCUUGCACGCCGCUUACAAGGGCUCGGUCGUCCUCGACCCGUCAUCCGAGCUCGCUCUCGUCGCCUCCGAGCGCUUUCUCGCGUUACGCGACGCGCACACGUUGGAACUUUUGGGCGAGACGGCUCGUUUGGAGUUUCCAUCCGAGGUGAUUUCAGUCGUUUUCGCCGCACGGAGCGAUCGCGCGGCGUGCGUCACGCGCGAUGGUGACGCGUACGUCAUCAAUGUGUCGCGUGGAAGCGGGCUAGAGGCGAUGCAUCCGGUGCACGGGGGGGAUGAGUACGCGUUCGCGCACGCGUGGCGGGCGCUCGGCGGCGGCGGGUACGUCGGGUUGCGACAUCGAUUCGAUGGCUCGACGACGAUCGUGAACGCGGAGACGAUGAUCGAGCACACGAUCGCGCAUCGAGCGAAGACGAGCGAGGACGGUGACUCGGGGGCUUUGCGUGCGUUGUCGAGGUGCGGGCGGUGGACCUCGGUGGUCGCGAGGGACGAAGACGGACGCGAACAGGUGGAGGUGUACGCGAGCGACGCACCGCACGCCGCGGCAAUAACUUUCAGGCUGCCGGCGAGUGCAGACGCUCGAGCGAUCGAGUUCGGGUCGUUCGGAGAGAUUUUGGUGUUCGACGAUCCGUGCAAGCCGAAUGCCUCGCCGGCUCUUCGAGUGUUUUCAUCGGACGGGACGCAGAGGGCCGAGAUCCGAGGCGCGCGAGUCCCAUACGCACGCACGCGCGAUUCACUCGUCGUUUCAACGAUUGAAAACAACCGCGAGGGCUUGGCGUGGAUAGACGAGCUCACGUGGCGGGUCGUGCGCGCGGUCGGGCAUCCGUUACGGUGUGAUGCGACGUUCGUCACGCGAUGCUUUCGCGAGAGCACCGACGGGUUUGAGAAGAUUGAGCGGUUUGAGCAGACGACGAUCGCGUGCGACUCGAACGGCGUCGAGAGAAUGGGGGUUCGUCUCGCUAUGAGUCGUUGUGGGACCGUCAUCGCGAGUGCGUGCGCGAGCCAGGACGAUAAGGUGUUGUUUCUGUGGUCGGCGAGCGCGGCGGCGGAGGACGUGGAACCGCUUGCAAUCUUCGUACACCGUAAACCGAUUCGUGAUUUCAAGUGGUUCGCCAACGACGACGCUAAUGGUGAGGCGUGUUUGGCGUACGUGUGCAUCGACACCGCCGCGCUCUUCUCGUACACGCCCGGAUCGGAGACGCCCUCGCGCGCAAAGCUCGACUGUGGCUUGGAGUUUUCACCCACUCGUGUUGUCGGUAAGUGUGGGAAGGGAAUCGACGCCUUCAUCCUCGCGAGCAAGAUGAAAACGUUCACGAGACAGGCCAUCGCGCGAAAACCUUAG